GGGUAUCCCCAUAUGUAGCCCCUUCAUCRGUUGCUAUCGUUUCCCUGGGCAUGCCUCUGUCAGGAGGGGUAACAGCAGGGAGUAGUUUGCAGGUUCUUGUUCAGACAAUGUUUACUCCAAGUCCGUCACAGGUUGCAGUCACCACGCAGCCUGCUGUCUCACAGUCAGUGCAACCUCAGGGCACACAGCCCCAGCAGCUAGCACAACAACCUGUAUCGCCGGGUCCACAGCCCGGGUUGGUGCAGGGACCGGGACAAAGUCAGUGGGUUCCAAAGACGGCCAUCGCCGCUCCCAAACCCUUUAUAGGGGACAAGAGAGGCGAAGAUCUCGACACAUGGUUGAGGGCAGUGCCGGUCUAUGUCAGGUGUAAACUCACCUUGCCACACGAAGAAGUGCUUGUGGCUGCUUCCUACCUGGAGGGUAAUGCAGCGAGAUGGUUGAGUGGGUUAGUGCAACUCCAGGGGUACGGUCAUGACUUCCGCUCUUGGGCAGCCUCUCAAAAAUUGGAGGACUUCCUGGAAAUGGUGGAAGACAGGUGGCAUGAUCCGCAGGAGGCUCAAAAGGCCACUGAUGCGAUCCUGACACUGCACACUCGGCAGUUUAAGUCAGUAAGGGAUGCCACCGACGYUGUAGAGCGUUUGAUUUGUGUUCCARGGGUACKCUAUGACCCCCAGGUCCUGCUAACUUCGUACUUGAGGACCUUAUCUCUGCCGCUCAGGAACCAGUUGGUGAAAGAGGCCAACAUUAAUAUGCACAACUUUCCUUCGUUCAGCAAGGUGGCCCUAGACCUAGAAGCAAAGAUAGGGCAUGGACAGGCACCCACUACGGAAGGGAGAAAGAAGACACUGCCUCCCAACUGGAAGGCGAAGGGUCGCUUAAUGUUUGUCGACAAUGAUGGUUCAACCAUCGAGUUGGACGGCAACCUCCAAGAGGGAGUAGGUGCAAAGGCAGGUGGCGAUACUUCAGAGGGUGGAGUAGUCGCCGCCGUAACCCAACAAAAAGGUAAAGGGACCGGUAGACGCCCUAGGGGAUCCCGGUCGAAGAGUCAAACAGACCCCAAUGCUCCUCCAUGGGAGAAAGCGGGUCUAGCUGAGGACAUGUGGAGAGAUCGGUGGGCACGGCAAACUUGUAUCAAGUGUGGCCAAUAUGGUCAUAGCAUGUACAAGUGCCGCAAUAGGAAGGUCACCGAGAAGAUCCCGCCCACUAUGGGGUCGGCACACGUAGCACACUUAGACAAAGUUCUCAGUCUCCUGCGACAGCACAAGUUCAAGAUCAACGGUGAAAAGUGCGAGUUUGGCCGCACCCGUAUCUUGUACUUGGGUCAUGAGAUCUCCGCGGAAGGGUUGAAGCCCGAUGACGCGAAGGUGGCCAGCAUUCGUGAUUGGCCAUGUCCUCAGUUUGUGACUGAGAUGAGAUCUUUCUUAGGAAUGACAGGCUACUAUAGGACUUUCGUUAAGAACUACAGCAUAGUGGCCGCUCCUUUGACUGAUCUGACCCACCUUGACACCCCUUGGGAGUGGACAGAUAAGUGCGAGGCUGCUUUCAGACAUCUGAAGCAUGCAUUGACGCACUAUGAAGUCUUGAAACUUCCUGAUCCUAACAAGCCGUUUAUAGUUACAACGGAUGCCAGCCAAUAUGGCAUUGGCGCUGUGCUUGCGCAGCAGGAGGGGCCAAAGUUGAGGCCAGUAGAGUACAUGUCCAAGAAAAUGUCGUCUCAGAAGUUGGCUAAGUCCACUUUUGAGAAGGAACUCUAUGCGGUGUACAAGGCUCUCACCCAUUGGAGACACUACCUCCUUGGGCGGUUCUUCAUCCUCCGGACUGAUCAUCAGACCCUGAGAUGGAUGAGAACACAGCCGGUACUCUCUGACGCUCUCAAGCGUUGGAUCGAAGUCAUUGAGCAUUAUGACUUUGACCCUCAGUAUCUCAAAGGGGAGUACAACAAGGUUGUUGAUGCCUUGUCGCGCAGACCAGACUUCUCAGGUGUGCUGAUUAUUGAGUUCGAUCUGACGGACGAUGUUACUCAGUCUUUGGUGGAAGCCUAUCGUCAGGACCAGUUUAUGUCUGAGAUCAUACACAGACUUGAGGCGAAGGAUAAGAAGACCUCCGCCAAGUUUGAGUUGGUCAAUGGAUUGCUGUUCCUAGAGAAGGCAGGGAAUAAACGCUUGUGCGUUCCAAACAGCGAGUCUUUGCGUAGUUUGUUUUUAGGCGAGUGUCAUGAUGCCACCGACCAUUUUGGGUACAAGAGGACUUGCUGCAGCGGUUCUGGUGGCCCACGAUGAUGAAAGAUGCACAGUUGUACGUGGAAACUUGUCAAAUGCGACUCUAUCGACCUUAUCCAUCAACCUAUAACAUCUCACCCAUCCCACCCAGCAUCAUGAUGACGUCAGCUUUGUCACGACGAUACAGUACAUCGUUCAGACAAACACGUACACAAUCAACCGGACAACAUGAAACACAACCAGAAAAUCAUGCCCACUCGGUUUGUUUUUUUCUUUUUUGUCUCGUUUUGGAGGAGACACACCCCUUUUUUUCUUUUUUCUUUUUUCUUUUUUAAUAUUUGAUAACUCGGCACAUACUGCGAAUCGGGACCAGCAUCCCUCAUGAAGCAUCAGACAAUUUUGCUGAUGAGAAAGCAAAAGAUACCAAGCCAGCCCCUCUUCGCCCUUGUCAGGGCGCCGGAUACUGCUUUCUGUGCUUGAGCUGUAUCAGACAGACAAUGACAUGAAUCAAUCAUACCCAAACUC